AUGGAGGGGCACCUGGCGCGCUGCAAGAUCGUGGUGGUGGGGGACACGCAGUGCGGCAAGACGGCGCUGCUGCACGUCUUCGCCAAGGACUGCUACCCCGAGCGCUACGUGCCCACCGUCUUCGAGAACUACACGGCCAGCUUCGAGAUCGACAAGCAGCGCACGGAGCUCAACAUGUGGGACACCUCAGGCUCGGCCUACUACGACAACGUCCGGCCCUUGGCCUACCCCGACUCGGACGCUGUGCUCAUCUGCUUUGACAUCAGCCGGCCCGAGACCCUGGACAGUGUGCUCAAGAAGUGGCAAGGGGAGACACAGGAGUUCUGCCCCAAUGCGAAGAUUGUGCUGGUGGGCUGCAAGCUGGACAUGAGGACAGACCUCAACACUCUCCGGGAGCUCUCCAAGCAGCGCCUCAUCCCUGUGACACAUGAGCAGGGCAGCGCGCUGGCACGGCAGAUCGGGGCAGUGGCCUACGCAGAGUGCUCCUCCAAGGUGUCAGAGAACAGCGUGAGGGACGUGUUCCAUGUGACCACGCUGGCCUCGGUCAACAGGGUGCACAAGAACUUGAAGCGCAGCAACUCCAAACGGGGACUGAAGCGGGCGUCACAGAUGCCUGGCAGGACAGACUUACUGAGUGACACAGAGAUCAGGAAAGACCGAGCCAAGAGCUGCUCCAUCAUGUGAAAAAUGGGCUGUAAAUAAUGUGUGUGUGUUGUCCAUUUGUA